UGAGUUUUGAACAACACUACACAAAACAGCAGCGGCUCCGGCUAGCAAAACGUUUUGUGAGAAGUAACUCGUAACUCAUUCGUUUCAUCGUUUAUUCUCGUAUUGCUGCUAAACUUUGUAUUCGUCAAUCAAUAUUAAAUGAUGAAAAGUUAAAAAGUGCUGUAAUUUGUUACGAUAACAACGUAUUAAUUACCGUUACAAACUUCAUUAAGUACCCAAAGAAGUGAAUCCUUGUGAAAACUGAAUAUUUACCGUAAAAAGGAUAACGUGAUUUCGGAAUUGUUUCUAUUUAAAGAAGAUCAAUGCAACAUGGACAACUUGGAUGAUUCAGAGAACAAUGCGAAGAUUUCAGAUUCAGCUUACUCAAACAGUUGCAGUAACAGCCAAUCUAGAAGGAGUCAUAGUUCUAAGUCUACACAUUCUGGAAGCAAUUCCAGUGGAAGCAGUGGCUAUGGCGGGAAGCCAUCUACAUCUGGAAGCAGCAACAACUUGGGUCAGCCACCUAAAAAAGAUAAAGAACCCAAGAAAAAGAAGCCUCAGAUUGAAACAAUGGUCCCAGAUGUAGUUGUGGAAACGGAGGCCAGGGCGCCCGAACCGGCCCCUACAUUUGAUGCCCCGAAAGAAGAUAAGCUAGAUGUUAUCCCGACGCUGCCACCUGCGCAUGCGCAAACAGAGAAGGGAGUGGAGAACAUGGACAUAUGUACCCCUGAGUUGAAUACUUUAAAAGAUGAGGUGGUUUCUUGCAAUAUAUCUCAGGUGAAUCCUGCUUCAAACUUUGUUACCGGUCGUCCCCUGCAAGCAACCUAUUGCUCGGUACAAAGUAAACGAUACCAAGAGAUUGGCCGCUUCGAGAUGCGAUGUGAGAGCUCUGAACAGUUGCGUUGCAAGGAUGGAUUUUCAUGCGUGAUAUCUAUGCAUGAUGGUGUUGUUAUGUACGCAACUUCAUCAUUGACGAGUACUCUUGGAUUCCCCAAAGACAUGUGGAUUGGAAGGUCAUUCAUCGACUUCGUUCAUCCAAGGGAUCGCAACACCUUUGCAUCACAAAUCACUAAUGGUUUGGCCGUCCCUAAAAUUGUUAAUGGUACGCAAGAAAAAGUUCAAUCUCCAGCUAACGCGGUGUCGACUAUGGUUUGUCGGAUAAGGCGGUACAGAGGCCUUACAACCGGAUUCGGUGUUAAAGAGAGAGUUGUGGGGUUCAUGCCGUUCUUGCUGAAACUGACCUUUAAAAACAUAAGUGACGAAGAGGGUAAAGUCAUCUACUUGGUUAUACAGGCGACACCAUUUUUCUCAGCGUUUAAAACGCCGAACGAAGUAGUGGUGAAAGCAGUACCCUUUGUCAUAAGACAUGCGGCCAAUGGUCACAUUGAGUAUGUGGAUCCUGAGUCCGUUCCGUACCUGGGCUACCUGCCUCAAGACCUCGCUGAAAAAGACGCCCUUAUGCUCUACCACCCUGAUGAUUUGAUGUAUCUGCGACAAGUAUACGAUACCAUCGUCAAAGAAGGAGGUCUUCCUAGAUCUAAGGCUUAUAGGAUGAUUACACAAAACGGUGACUAUAUUCGGCUGGAAACGGAGUGGUCAUCGUUUAUCAAUCCUUGGUCUAAAAAACUGGAAUUCGUUAUUGGAAAACAUCAUAUUUUAGAGGGCCCGACCAACCCCGACGUGUUUCAAUCUCCUGAGCCGGAAAAAUCAAUGAAAAUUCCCGAAGAAGAAAAAAACAAAGCACAAAUGCUGAGAGAAACCAUCAUUAGAACAAUGAAUGAGGCUCUGACUAAACCGGCGGAAAUAGCGAAGCAACAGAUGAGCAAGCGUUGUCAAGACCUUGCCUCGUUCAUGGAGAGUCUAAUGGAGGAAGCACCCAAGACUGAUGAAGAACUACGCUUAGAGAUUCACGAUCCUGAUCACAGUUACUAUGAAAGGGAUUCCGUUAUGCUCGGUGGGAUUUCCCCACACCAUGACUAUUACGACAGCAAGUCUAGCACUGAGACUCCUUUGAGUUACAAUCAACUUAACUAUAAUGAAACGCUGCAGAGGUAUUUCGAUAGUCACCAACCUAUCUCCUAUGAGGACUACAACACGGUCACCGGCGAAAACAUUCUCGGACUGAAAGAUCCGAGACCAAUCAUAAAUCAUUGCCUGUCUCCGAUGGCGCAGCAUUCGGGAGACUCUGGGGAAAUGACCUGUUCGUCUGAUUCCAACGGCAUGGUCAUGGGCAGUAACAGUCCCGCGAUGCCCCUAGGAGAUUACCAACCAAUACGUCUCACUGAGGCGUUGCUUAGCAAGCACAAUGCUGAGAUGGAAAAAGAGUUAAUGAAGAUGCAUAGAGAGACUCGUUCUAGCAGUAAGGGGGAGAGGGAAAAGAACUCGAAUGAGACUAGGAAGAAGAAGAAGGAGCACUUGGCGCGUUGCAAUGCGUCAUACCAUCCAACUAGCGCGGGCGCCACUAAUACUGAGCACCAGCAACCACAUGGCGUAAAGCGUACGUCUAAAAUGAUGGACUCUGAAGCGGGGGCCCACAAGCAUCACUGCCCUUCACCGCGACAGGCGCGUCGCAACAAACGCACGCUGUCGACUAACGCAGCCGUCGUGCAACCAUCUACCAGCAUAACUACUACCACUGUUGGUCAGUUGGCUACAGCAUCAAAUCAUUGGCCAACCCCUCCUGCAAACAAUAUGAACACGUUCAUCUUGGGCGUAGGGAUUCCUCAGCAGAUGUCUAUAAUGAGCCCUAUGCCUCAUCCCAUGCAGGCUAUGCACACGUUGCCAGCGGUGCCAGGUAUGUUCCCGAUGUACUACGCGCCGGCGGCCGCCCCGCAGCCGAUGCCUACAAGCUCGGUGCAUCACCAUAUUCCCUCAAGCAGUCAGCAUCAGUUCCCUACACCCAUGAUGAUGUACAGCCAGCCAAUGUACGGAGCGCCGUUCAUGUACUCGCCAAUGGCUCAACAAAUGUCCUACCCCAUGCAGCAAUCUCACAUGAUGGCACAGUCCAUGCAACAGUACACCAAUACCAUGAACCCUUUAGGGUUGACCAGCAGCAACUAUGAAGAGGCUUGUAAGCCCAGUUUAACAUUGAGGCCAGGCAAGGUGCAAGGCGGUGUGUGGCGCGACAAGAAAAGAGCAGAAUCUCAAGGCACAUCUUCAAAAACAGACAACGGCAGCGCAGAUAGUAACUCAUCUACAAAUGCGUUGAAUCGGGUGUCGGGGACGCACAAAAAUCACAGUGAGAACGAGAAGUCUACGAUAUAUUCAACAGACAUCAGGUCGUCAAACAGUAUGAGCGCUAAGAGCACAGAAGCUGUGCCGAACACUCCACCUUCAGCCAGGGAGAGUCGCCUCAGCAAGCUGAAUCGGCUGGGCAACAGCGAGGAGACCCCCGACAAGACUGAUGGAGAGUCUAGCUACUCGUCCUUCUACUCUUCCUUUUUUAAGACUGAGUCCGGUAGUGCCGAGGAUAGUGGUGACGGCAAGAAUGGCAAGGACAAGCAAGCUAGGAGCCCACUAAAUCUGACAUCUUCAUACCAUGUAACUCAUCCAACGAAGAAGGUAGCCAGACGGAAAAUGGACCCACCAUGGUUGGAGCAGGUAUGCGUGACGUCAGAGUUAGUCUACAAGUACCAAAUCCUUACAAAGUCUAUGGAGGAGACUUUGACUUCUGAUAAGCAGAAGAUGAAAACUCUGGAACAGCCAUCUCUAGUGAACGAGCAGCUGAGCCAGUUGUACUUAGACCUUCAAUUGGAAGGCGCGGCCGCGAGGCUGACCUUAGAAGAAGGUAUCACUAGUUCUAGUAGUUCCGGCGAAGAAACCACCACCAACGUUACAAAGACCUCACGCAGGAAACGGGAGUACAGCAAGUUAGUUAUGAUUUACGAAGAGGACGCGCCGUUGCCGCCGCCCCCCGAAGACGCAGUAGAAGGAGGAGAGGCGUCCAGCUCGUCCACUUGUUAAAUUAGGACCUUCCAAGGCCUAGUCGCAAGGUCUCCGUCACUCUCGUCACACAAUGUCGUAGCAAUGCACAAUCAUAGUGAAUUAAUUUGCAUUUAAGCGUCAUGAUAAACGCACGACAGUUCAGGGAAUAUUAAACUUCAAAUAUUCGUAAAUAGACAGUUGAGUGUAUAAGUACGUAUAGUUACGUAGUUACACGAUUGACGGACCUUCGCACCAUAAUGAAGACUUUCGUUCUCGUGCUAGUCUUCGAAUCCAGAUCUCAUUCAGUUCUCGAGUUAACUUGAAUGCAGCAGUUGUGUGGUGUAAUUCUAACUGUACAAUUAAGUAUCUGUGUUUAGUUCAUCUUAUGUAAAUAGACUGCCAUUAGCACCAAAUAAUAGUGAUCGUAGAAUUCUACGCUUAAUUGAUAAAUGUAUAAAAUGAAUUAUUUUUGUUAUGAUUUGGAUUUUGUUGCGAGUGUAUUUUUUUUGUUUUCAUUUUACGACUCAAAUUUUAUUACUGAACUGUAAAAUUGUUCUUAUAAACGUGAGUUACUUUAGGAAUGUUAAGAAUACAAGUUUUAUUUGUUGGACCUAUACUAAUCUGUGAUACAGAAGAUUCCUAUUACAGGCAAUAUAAGUAUAUAUAUUUAAAAAAGAGAUUUAUUAAUAUAUGUAUAGUUGUAUUAAUAUAUCUAUGUCGUUUAAUGUAAAUGACUCAUUAAUUAUAUUAUCGGAGCACUAAAAUGUAGUAAACUUAUGGUUUGGUCACGUUUUGUAUCCUUAGUUAUCUUAACAUUCCGCUUGGUGCUCAGUCGCUCACAAUGGCUUUUAAAGUAUUUAACAGGGUAAAGUAUUAUCAUGAACCAGAAUCAAAUUAUUAUAUUUUCCUAAGUAUAUGUAUACACGUGGAUACGUAUAUGAGCGUUAUGUUUAUUGAAUUAUACUUACAGUCAAAGACUUAUUGCAUUUCCUCGAUUACGCAAGAUAUUGCUAUGUUGGUUGUGCGCUGUCCUAUUUAUGCAUUUGUUAUAAAUAAAAUAAAUAGCUGGACUGACUUGAACGUAUUGUGAUAUGAAAGAAUUGUCAGAUGUCAGUGACAUCAUCAUUUGUUGUAUACUUAAUUGGUAAUUUUUGCGUUAUCGAGUGAUUAUUGUGUGACACAAAAACCUUUGCGUGUCUUAAUUUUAUUUUAUGAAACAAAAAUGUUAAGAUGUAUCCAUCAAAGUAACAGGUGCCUUAAAAUCGAUCUUUAAAAUAUUGUUCAGUGUCAAUUUAAUCGAUCAACAUUACAAAAAAUAGAUUUUAUUUUGUUUUAAAAUGUCAUUAGUGUAAGGUGUGUUAAUUAAGUUUUGGCAAAAGUCCGUGCAGGGUUUUGACAUUAUCGACUUUUGUUUAGUAUUUCCUAAAAGAAUAACAAUAUAUUUGAGCUAUCUGUUUGUUUAUAUCGAAAUCGAGUUUGUAGUUAAAUUGAUGAAAUGCAUUUAUUAUAAAUGAUAUGUGAUGAAUGAUGAGUUAAUGAGAUUUUAAUGUGUUUUGAAUGUACGAAAUAUAAUUCCGUCGAAUUAAAAAAAUAAACGGAAUCGUCGUACUGUCUAUAAAUGCCAAGGUUACCAAAUUGUUGAUUUAGGUUUAAAAAAACUGAAAUUAUUAAUGAGGCAUUCAUUCCUAUGUUAAGUAUCAGAACAGACAAACAGGUAACUAUGGUUAUCUUAGUCCUAAUUAAGAUUUACCUACAGUAAGUGUGAUUAAUGUUAAGUUUUAUACUAUAAUAGUUAUUUGUAAAUAUUAUUUGCGCACUAACGAUUACAAUAAGUUGGUGUUUAUUAUUAUUUUAAAAUGACUUGUCCGUUUCUAUAUGACGUAUAUAAGAUUUUUGUCACUAAGUUGAAAUAUAGUAUUCAUGCUGUUUUAAAGUUGAAUACAUAGUUGAUUAUAUGGAUAGAUUUUUUUUACCUAAUGCGUGGUUAUUGUCCUACCAUUAAAGUCGCAUAAAAAGAAAGAAAUGUUGAAUUUUUUUCAUACCAGUAAUUUUUGGUCUUUGAAUCAACCUAGUAGAUUAUUUAAAUGGUCAAUCGGUCCCUAUAAAUAUAUCGUAUUUUAUCAUCUACCACUUAAAAGUCUUCUUUUUAAUUUAGAUUACUAAUGCUUAUACGGGAAGGGAGGAGAAUUACAAUUUUUCUUGAAAUCAUUGCCAUUAAUUAAUUAAUUUUAUUUGGUAAUUUUUACGAUUCUGGAAACGAAUUGGCUUUUACUUUAUUGAUGUCGCUUAUUAUUUUAUAUUGAUUAUAUUAGGUAUGAGAAAAUUUAAAUGUUACGAAUAAUUCACCAAUAUAUGAAUUUCUGUGAAAUAAAUGAUUGGAAAUUGAAUAAAUA